AUGCCUCUACGUUCCGGUGUCGCUGCGCCAGCAGCAGCGGGGAAGACGGUGGUGAUCAAGCUCGGUACUUCGUCCAUUCUCUCGGAAAAGACACUCGAGCCCAAAAUCCGUAUCAUGGCCUCGAUUGUGGAGACCGUCUCGCGCCUGCGGCAGAAUGGUCAUCGCGUCGUCCUGGUAUGCUCAGGCGCUAUCGGUGUAGGCCGCGUUCGUAUGAAUAUUCAGGAGCGGCCAAAGAAUCUCGGCGAGCGUCAGGCCCUGGCCGCGUUGGGUCAGCUGCGUCUCAUGUCACUGUGGGACAGCUUGUUCGGUGUGCUGGGCAUCAACAUCGCACAGGUUCUACUCACACGAGCAGACAUUGCUGAUUCGCCUCGCUACCACAAUGCGUACACAACACUAAAUACGCUACUCUCGAGCGAUUUCAAUGCUGUUCCGAUCGUGAACGAAAACGAUACCGUCUCCGUAUACGAAAUGCGAUUUGGCGAUAACGACUCGCUGUCCGCCAUCACAGCUGGUAUCAUUAACGCUGACUACCUAUUCUUGUGUACAGAUGUCGAUGGACUGUACACGGACAACCCACGCUCCAACCCAGAGGCCCGGCGCUUGCGUGUCCUGCACUCGGUCGACGAAGCGCGUCAGGCCGCUUGCGUGAAGACCAUGGGCUCCUCAUUCGGUACAGGCGGCAUGCAAACCAAACUUAUUGCCGCAGAGCUAGCUACAGCGGCUGGUGUAGCGACGAUCAUUUUGAACGGCGAACACCCUGAAAACAUUGCCAAAGUCGUGGAAAAGGGUCUCAACGUCAACGAGGGACAGGACGAUGACCCACCUCAUACGCUCUUCUUGCCGAAUCCAUUCCGACUCCCAGCACGCAAGUGGCGUAUCUUGCAUGCGAUGCACCCGUGUGGCACCUUGGUCAUUGAUGAAGGGGCGUACGAACGAAUCUCGCGGAAGGAGUCAGGUGGCCGACUCCUCCCUGCGGGUGUGGUAGGCGUCGAGGGAAAUUGGGAGCGUCUGCAAGCGGUGCGCUUGGUCGUGCGUAAACAAGCAAGCGAUGGCUCGAUCGAGAGCAAGGAAGUUGGACGUGCAUUGGCGAACUAUACGUCGAUUGAAUGUGAGCGGAUCAAGGGACUGCAAAGCGCACAAAUUAUGGAUGCAAUUGGUGCAGUGGAUUCAUUGUACAUUACCGAUCAGAUUGCACUAUCUGCACCGGCUACGUAG